AUGAAUCGUUCGUGCGUAAGCUGUCUGAAAACUUUGGUGACUUUCCUUCACUUCAUCUGCUGGCUAUGCGGGGCCUUUGUGCAGGCGUUUGGUGUUUUCGGGAUGUUUAAAUCAAAGUUUGGCGCUGUGAUCACCACAUGGUGGCCUAAUUAUGCCUCAAACACUCUGAUAGUUGUAGGAGCACUAGCAUGCUGUGUGUGUUAUCUGGGAAUUCUUGGAGGUAUGCAAGAGAACUAUUGUAUGCUAAUCUCGUUUUAUAUCACCCUGUUUCUGCUUAUGCUAGUGGAGUUGGCUAUGUCCUGCAUUUUCCUGGUGGUCGAGAGAGAGAUUGACCGUUAUUUUGAGACGGACAUGGUUCGGGCCUUCAACACGUACAAGCAGUCGUCUUACGGAGGAAACCAAACCGUCAAAGAUGAUUUCGACGCCAUUCAGAGUAUCUUCAAAUGUUGUGGCGUGUAUGGAAUCGGGGACUGGGAAGGGAACGUGCCGAUCUCCUGCUGCGUUGAAGACCCUUGUAACAUCUUUCCACAGAUAAGCUGGCAAGGGGGUUGUUACACGAAACUAAGAGCUUGGUUCAAGAUGAACUUUCUCAGUCUAGGGGCUGGUGUUGUUUCCUUGUUCAUACUGCAGUUCUUGUGUCUAAGUAUUUCUGUUCCCAUCUUCUGGAAUUUCAAAGUUACUGGUCGUGGAUACAAGUGA